AUGGCGACGGGUCAGGCUACUCAAUCGCUCAAGUGCGUGGUGACUGGUGAUGGUGCUGUCGGCAAAACAUGUCUUCUCAUCUCGUACACGACGAAUGCUUUCCCGGGCGAAUACAUUCCGACCGUCUUUGACAACUACACGGCCAGUGUGAUGGUUGACGGCCGGCCGAUCAGCUUGGGACUCUGGGAUACCGCCGGACAAGAAGAUUACGACCGCCUCAGACCGCUAUCCUACCCUCAAACCGACGUCUUCCUGAUCUGUUUCUCCAUCGUCAGCCCGCCAUCCUUCGAUAACGUGAAAGCCAAGUGGUUCCCAGAAAUCGAACAUCACGCACCCAGUGUCCCCAUUAUCCUGGUCGGCACCAAGCUCGACCUGCGCGAUGACCGCGCAACAAUCGAAGCCCUGCGCGCCCGAAAGAUGGAGGCCGUCUCGUACGAACAGGCCUUGGCCGUCGCCAAGGAGAUUCGAGCACAUAAGUACCUCGAAUGCUCGGCCCUGACCCAGCGCAACCUGAAGAGCGUCUUUGACGAGGCUAUCCGAGCCGUUCUUAACCCCCGUCCCCUCGCAAAGUCCGGGAGGAAGAACAAAUGCAUGAUCUUGUAG